AUGGACAAAGGGGAAGCUCAUUCCCAGCGGCCUGUGUCUCUGGAGAUCACAGUGGAAGAUGAAGCUGGAGUUUCAGGGCCUACUGAAGAAGCUUCUAGUCAAUUUGAAGCUGCUAAUCAGAUCCUGACCAAUGAUGGCCUCCUGGCCCAAGAAGACAGCAUUGAUCUGGGAGGUACAGACUUUGUCACACCCCAGGAAGACAGCAGUGCCACACCCACUGAAAGCCUGCUGGACAGACUGAAUGAUCAAAUGAUGGAGAGUGUCAUGAUUUCUGACUCACCUAAUAACAGCGAGGAAGAUGAUGUGGCUCCUAUCGACUCCUAUUUGGAUGGCGGUGAGCAGGAGAAUGCAACUCCAGAAAACAAGGAAGAGGACAGUGAAAUUGGACAGAAUUCAACUGAGAUUAAGGUUUCAGUGGACCAACUGGAAGAAGAGUGUUCUGAACAGGAAACAAAAGAGGAACAAGGUGCAGUACAGCAGGUCACAGCUCCUGUUUCACCUCAGGUUGAUACUCCAGGUCCAUCUCCUAAUACGAGUGAGGAUCCAGAGCCGUUGUCAGGCACAGGAACUGGUCCAAAAGAUGAGCCUGUGCCAGUGUGCACCAUAUUCAGCCAGAGUACCCUGCCCAAGUCAUUGGCUCCUGAUGGUUUCCAGCCAACCUUAAUCAAGUCCCCCAGCUUUACAAUGGGAAGUGCAGGCGGAAGUGAUGAGGCUGUGACUCCUAAUAAGCUAAACAGGCCCCUAGUAUGUCAGCCCAGCCCAAGCCUCAGUAAGUUCUUUGCUGACAAUGGACAAGGCAAUCCAGCCUCUGACUUCUUCGAUUCUUUUACUCUUCAAUCAUCUUUUAUUUCCGUUUCCAACCCCAACGCCGAUCUUUCUCCAGGAGGUGGACCCCCACCCAUACCUCUCACAAAUGAGCGCCACCUCUCUUCAACCUCCUCUUCUAUCUCCACCCCAGGAGCACUCUUAGACUCAGCUGCUCCCAGUACUAGCCCAGUAUUUUUUCUUACUUCCGCCGAACCAAACACCAACUCUCAACCACUUCCACCCCAGACUGCCUCGGCUCCAGUUCCGGCCCCAGUCCCAGUUUCAGCCACACAGCCACAGCCCUUCAACCAGCUCCAAGCUGUGUUCUCAGGCAGCGACGACCCAUUUGCAACUGCAUUGAGUUUGAGUGAGGUGGACAGGCGACACGAUGCCUGGCUGCCGUGUGAAGAGACGAGAAAGGUUUUGAUAUCCGUUGCCACCCAGCAGUACAGUCCAGCAUAUGUAGAGAGCAACAAACUCACAAUGCCUGGACUGAAAUUUGACAACCUACAGGGAGAUGCUGUAAAAGACCUAAUGCUUAGUUUCUUGGGAGAGCAGGCAGCCAUGAGGCGUCAGGUCCUCACAGCCAACUCUGUGGAGCAGUCCUUCAUCGGCCUCAAACAGCUGAUUAGCACUAAGAACUGGCGGGCUGCCGUGGAUCUGACAGGCCGGUUGCUGACAGCUCACGGUCAGGGAUAUGGAAAGGCAGGCCAAGCAACCUCCCACACCACUGACUCACUGCAGCUUUGGUUUGUCCGACUGUCUCUGCUAGUCAAGUUGAACCUUUUCCACAAUGCUGAACUGGAGUUCGAACCAUUUGGCAACUUAGACCAACCAGAUCUCUACUAUGAGUAUUAUCCAUCUGUUUACCCUGGAAGGAGAGGAUCGAUGGUGCCGUUCUCCAUGCGGCUGCUGCACGCCGAGCUCCCCCAGUACCUGGCCAAACCCCGGGAGGCUCUGGACCGUCUGCACAAACUCAAAACCGUCUGCCUCGCUAUCCUGGAAAACCUGGAGAAAAGCUUAGCAGAGGAUGGAAGCAUGAUCACCAUAGCAGAGGAGAACAGGCAAGCAUCUCUAAAGCUGUGGAGGUCUCGCCUCAGCCGGGUCAUGUACUCCACGGCCAACUGCCUGCUGCUGAUGAAGGACUUUGUUCUGGCAGUGGAGACCUAUCACUCCAUCAUCCAGUAUGAACCCCAGCAGAGAGUGCAGCUGCUCAGUGGUAUUGGUCGCAUCUUUUUGCAGAUCGGAGAUGUGAAAACCGCUGAAAGAUACUUUGAGGAUGUGGAGAAAGCGUACCAGAUGGAAGGCAGUAACGUCAGUCACGCUACAUGUGUUCUAAUGAACAGGGCGUUCGUCUACCUCAGUCAGAAUAACUAUGCUGAAGCACAUGCUACCUUCCUUGAAGUUCUAAAAGUUGACCCAAAAAACCCUGUGGCCAAUAACAACGCAGCGGUGUGUCUCCUCUACCUGGGUCGGCUAAAGGAGUCCUUGGGCCAGCUGGAAGGUCUAGUCCAGCAGGACCCUGCCCUCUACCUCCACGAGAGCGUCCUCUUCAACCUGACCACCAUGUACGAACUGGAGUCAUCUCGCAGCACGCAGAAAAAGCAGGCCCUGCUGGAAGCUGUGGCCUGUCGGGAGGGGGACAGCUUCAACACACAGUGCCUCAAACUGGUCUGAGAGGAAGGAAGCAGGACAACUGGGACAGUCCACUGCUGCCACCCCCUGUUCAUGAUGGAUACUACAGAGAGGAACUAAUCAGUACUCUUUGGGGAAAGCCAAGCCAAUGCUUUAGGCUCAGUUUCAGAAAUGUUAAGAGGAUGUCUGAGCUCUGCUUUUAUUGCACUGAAGUGAUCCGACCAGGGUGGACUGCACCCCCGUUAUGUGAAAAGCAACCCAAAAACAAUCCUGGAUAAAUGAAUUUAGGGUGAAAGUACUUUGUUUUGUUUGUGCAGCAGCUUUGCAGAAAUACUGAGGGAAUUAAUCCCAGGCUUUAUUAAACCUGGGCUUAUGUUACACAUGAUUCGUUUAGACCCCUUUCAAAUUGCGCAGAAGGAAAAUCGUGAGGGUCAUGUGACUUUGCUACUGCAUUCAUCUGGCAAUGAGAUUAACUUCAGCAGGGCUUUAAAUCAGCUUUUUUUGGGUGUCACUACAUUUUACUCCAUCUGCAACCAAGGUUCUCACAUUUAACUCCACUUUAUUUUUAUAAGAGUUUUUGUUUUUAAAGUACAAAACGAUAAAAGCAGGAUGUAUGCCAGGUAUUUCUAAAUUAGUCGGAGUUUAAAUAAACACAGAUGUAUAAAGAGAAGAUGAACGGACAGAAGGGUGCAUUGAUGGAUAGCCAAAGGAAUGGACUGAAAGAAGGAAGAAUAGACAAGUUGGAAGUAGUGACAAAACAAAACGAAUGGAUGGAGGGAAAACGGAUAAGGAAUAAAAUGUGGUAAUAGAAGUUUUUCUUUUCUGCAAACAGGUUUUCUACAAGCUCAGACAGAAGUCUAAGUAUUAUCUGCUACAAGUUGUUUCCUGGAUGGUGCAGCUAUGACUAGCUCCUGCUAGCAUGUAAUAUAGCUAAUCUGUGUGCAGCAUGAAAAAGGUGGAUGGAUAUGCAUUCAAUCUGAACUAAAUUGGGGGUAAAGCUUGCUGCUGAUCCAUAUCUUUUUAAUGCGUAGCUUUGUUUCACUGUGGCUUCUCAGUCUUUUCCUCUUUAAGCCAUAGCAUCGCGCUCCUUAAACAGAGGCAUUCUCUGUAGUUAAUGGACACAACAGACCACCCUUGUUUUAUCUGCAGUAAACACAUGACCCAAAUAUUCCCUCAGUAUAUCUGAGAUUAUCUAAAAAAUUACAUAAGCAGUCUUCAGCUUUCCAAUACACUACCGCAGCUGCUGUCACACAGUGAGGCCGGGCAUGGGCAUUAUCCUGCGCUUCAGACCCCAUAAACUUAAAAUGCAGCUUCAAGAGGAUUACCACUAGAUUACAUCACUCCUGCAGUGAAGGUGAAUGAGGCCCUCAGAUUGCAGAAAUAUAAAAAAAAAUAUUCAUAAUCCAAAGUUGUACAUAAAUUAUUUGAAGCGUUGUCAAACUGAUUAUUUCUGCUUCUUCUCAUACUGUCUUGAUGAUCAUCUUAUAUAUGUAUAUAAAGAUAACUGUUUUAUCCUAAAUGAAUCUCUUAUAAUAGAAACAUGUUGAAAUUAUUAAAAAUGUAAUAAAAGA